AUGGCGAUGAUGCCCAUAGAGACGUGGAAAACCAUCGCCUGUGUCGCUGCCCUUCUGCAACCGCACCCAGGCCGCCUGGUCAACAUCAAGCGCAUACUCGACAAGCUGGAAGACGCCUCCCCGCUGGAGAAGAGGCUAAAAACUUUCAUUGAGAAGAAGCCUGGCAGCCCACUAACGGCUCACCAAUGCUGCGUGCCGCAUCUGCCUACUUGCCCAUCAGAUAGAUGCGCACGCGGGGUCGGCUGA